AUAUCGCUUUCGAUUCCGCCGAAUAAAUUGUGCGCUGCUGUACCGACUUUACCUUUCUUCCACGGCCCAUCCUUUUCUGCUUAUUCUCCCCUCUGUUUCUCUCUCUCUCUCCCCCUUGCGCGCGCGCGCACGGAGACAUCGCUGGAAGCUGGAGCUUCGAGGUCAUGGAGAAUGGGCCACCAACAAGUGGAUUUGAAGAUGGUGCAAUUGAUGUUGAGCGAUUGCUUGUAGAACCGCAAGACGGUCAUGUCUCGGUGGAUAGUGUAAUAUCAUUUCAUGAGAAGAUACCAGAGAAUUCCAUGAACCAGGAGGAGACUUCCCACAAUUUUGGUGUGUCAACUGCCGGCAUUGCUCUUGAAAAUCAAGAUAUUCUGAAUAGAGAUGUGCUUGUUUCGAUGCAGAAUGAAGUUGAAGUGGGAUAUUUUAGGAUGCAAAAUGAUUUCUGUAGCAUGGGAGAAGAUUAUCUUUUAGGUGUUGAAUUCGCCGAGAGUAUUACAAAUCUUGAUUAUGGUUUAAGCGGAGGCUUGCAGACGUCUGUUUCAGAUGGAACUAUCUUGCCAUCUACAGCUGGCAUCGAUGCUUCUUGGAAAGUAGAUCCCUUUAGAAUAAUGGAACUUUCAAAAUGCCGAAGAGACCAUCUUAAUAUUGAUAGUUCUGAUUACGGCGAAAUUUCUGAUUGUCACCAUGAGCCAGAAACAUUGGCCAAGAAGAAGCCUCUAGAAUUGCCCACCGCUUUACCAGAUCUCGGCAAGUUCAAUGACAUUUCAAGCUGCUCUUUUCAGUUGUCUGACGAGAACGAUUCCAGCCAUUCUCCAUCCAUUGAAGUUAUGUCGAAUCCAAAGAACGAGAAAACCAGUGAAGUUGUGGUGAAAGAACAAGGCAUUUUUAUGCAGGACAGAGUUGUAACACUGUCGGAUCAAGCUAGCUCCGUCGAUGCCUUCCCUAAGCAAAAGAGGUCGCGGAAGCCCACGCAGAGAUACAUUGAUGAAGUGGCGGAAGCUUUCUCAAGGCAAUGUAAGAAAAGGCGGGAGGCUUCUUCGUCGGCACUCAAGGAUAAGUCCUUACGCAUUGUUAAUGAUAACAAGAAAAGUUAUAUGGUAUGUAGAGCAAGCAGAUUGCCGGCUGAAGAGCCAUCUGUCAAAGCUAUUCAAGUGCCGUUUGCUUCCAUAUCGCAGAAAGAAUGUCCAAACAGUCGAUCUGACCAAAUGCUGCAUGGUUCAGACAGAAGAAAUCUGACGAGUAAGUCGAGAGAUGACCUUACCACUCCAGAUGAUGAUAAGGAAAGAGAUGACUGUACCCGAAGUGGUCACUUAAAGAAAACAGACGACAACUUAAAGGCACCAUGUAUGAAGAAAAGGGUCAAUUAUGGCGGUGCAUCUCAUUUAAGGAAACGAGAUUACAAUCCUCGGCCCCUAAGUCAGAAGAAAUGGGAUGAAAUGCUUGUAGAAAGCCCAAGAAAAGGGGAUGAUUGUCUCACUGCACUAAGGCAAAUGAAGAGAGAUUAUUACAUCGCAGCUGAGAGCCACGAGGAAGUCAGCAGUCGAAGGAAGCAUCACAGACUAUGGACUAUUGCAGAAGUUAGAAAACUUAUAGAUGGUGUCUCCAAAUACGGCGUUGGUAGAUGGAGCCGUAUCAAGAAGCUCUUCUUUUCUUCGUCCACUCACCGGACUGCAGUUGACCUCAAGGACAAAUGGCGAAACCUUUUGAAAGCAAGUGGUAUUCAGGGCCAGGGCAAUCAACAGGGAGAGAAGAAACGGAACCUGGCAUGGCGACCUCUGCCGAAGUGCAUCCUGCGGAGCGUUUGUGAAUUGGCUACUAUGCAUCCCUAUCCGAAAGAUCGGAAGCCCAAGAUUGCAGGCCUUCUCUGUGAUUCUCCUGAUAGAAGUGCUGAUAUAACUCUCAGUGAUUACAGAAGGAUCCUGCGGAGCAUAAACAGCAAUUAAUUCUCUUAAAAGAGUGCCUAAGAAUGUUAUACAUCAUCAUAUCUCAGAACUGACGUUUAAGUCCCUAGUAUGCUUACAGUAACUGAACAUGUCUGGUUUUUGUGAACACAGACCGUUAUCCAUCUUCAGCUACUUCACUGCUAUAACAAGUUCAAUCCCAAUUAUGGGUA